AUGUAUUUCAUACCUGAGGCCAGCAUUACGACUUCUCGUCCACACGUAUUCCAGAUGAGGAAUGCUGGAAGUAUGAAGCCUGUGCACAGAAGAGAUGCUGGAGUCUGGAACCAAACAAGAAGUCUUCUCUACAAGAAUCUGCUCAUCAAGUGGAGGACCAAGCAACAGAGUCUUCAGGAAUUGAUCCUACCUCUGCUUCUGUUGGGGCUCCUGAUACUCAUCAGCACCCUGAAUCCUCACGUUUAUUAUGGAGGCAUCAGGACUAUGGAGCUGGAGCUUGACGACAUCUUUUUCAAGGGCCUGGGCUACACGCCCAUCACUAACAUCACCAAUCACAUCAUGGAAGAGGUGGCCCAGGAAAUGCACAUGCAAGAUCGUCUGGAGAUGUUCGCCAGUGAGGAGGACCUGGAGAACGCCAGCCUGUAUGAGCCUUCCAGCUAUGUUGGUGUUGUGUUCUUGGACAGCUCUGCCACGUCUUACAGACUGCGCUUCCCGUACAGCCAGCUGCCCCUACCCAGCGAUUACACAGAAUCUAUUGCCAACUGUUUUACCACCUCGGUGAACUGCAGAGCAGCUAAUUACUGGUACUCUGGCUUCGUCCGCCUCCAGUCUCUGAUCGAUGCAGCCAUCAUCCAGAUGCAGACAAAGCGUUCUGUGUGGAGUGAGAUGGACCUGAAGGUAGUAAUGAUGGGUCAGCCAGGCUCUGUGGAGGUGCAGAAAUUCCCCCACGCCCUCAUCUCCAUCUACCUGGUCCUGGCCUUCACACCCUUCGUAACCUUCCUCAUCGUCAAUGUGGCAGCUGAGAAGGAACAUCGCCUCAAAGACACCAUGACCAUGAUGGGGCUCUACGACACUGCUUUCUGGUUGUCAUGGGGCCUCCUGUAUGCUGCUCUGGUAACCACCAUGUCUUUCCUGAUGUCCAUCAUCGCAACGUACACGGCUCUGUUUCCUAACAGCGACUUCUUGGUUAUCUUCUUCCUCAUCUUCCUCUAUGGAAUAUCAUCGAUCUUUUUCUCCUUCAUGCUGACUCCCCUAUUUAAGAAGCCAAAGUUUGCCAGCACAGUGGGCUCCAUGCUGACGGUGGUGUUUGGCUGCCUGUCGCUGUUUACCGUGCUGAUAAAGGACUUCCCACAGCCGCUGGUCUGGCUUCUCUGCCUGCUCUCCCCCAGCGCCUUCUCAAUCGGGAUUGCACAGGUGGUUUACCUGGAGGCACAGGGAGAUGGUGCCGUGUUUUCCUCCCUGACCAAUGGCCCUCAUCCUCUUUACGUGCCCCUGCUCAUGCUGGUUGUGGACUGCAUCCUCUACCUUCUGUUGGCUGUCUACCUGGACCAGGUACUGCCUGGUGAGUUUGGAAUGAAGAGGUCCUUGGUGUACUUCCUACAGCCCUCUUAUUGGUCCAAACGCAGAAAGCGUUACGUUGAAGUGAGCUCAGUAUAUGACACAGAGGCGAACGGCGCUCCAGGUGGGGACGAGUCUGUCGAGCCUGUUUCACCUGAGUUCAGAGGGAAAGAGGCCAUCCGCAUCAAUAACAUCCACAAAGUGUACAAAGAGAAGGACAACGUGGUGGAGGCUCUGAGAGGUUUGACAUUUGACAUCUACGAGGGCCAGAUCACGGCUCUGCUGGGACACAGCGGGGCUGGAAAGUCCACUCUCAUGAACAUCUUGUGCGGCAUCUGCCCUCCCACUAACGGCUCGGCCACUAUCUACGGCUCCCCCGUGGCGGAGAUUGCGGAUGGGUCAGAAAUGAAGCAGCUGGUGGGAAUUUGUCCCCAGUUCAACAUCAUCUUUGAUGUGCUCACUGUGGAGGAGCACCUGCGGAUAUUUGCUGCCAUCAAAGGGAUCCCACCUGCAGACAUCGAUGCUGAGGUUACCAAAGUGCUGAAGGAUCUGGACAUGGAGAAGAUCAUGACUGCCCAGGCCAAGAAUCUGAGUGGAGGCCAAAAGAGGAAACUCUCUGUGGGCAUCGCCAUUCUCGGAGAUCCCAAGAUCCUGCUUUUGGACGAGCCCACAGCUGGCAUGGACCCCUGCUCCAGACACCAAGUUUGGUCCCUACUGAAGAGCCGCAGAGCCGGCAGAGUCACUGUCCUCAGCACGCACUACAUGGACGAGGCUGACGUUCUCGCUGAUCGCAAAGCUGUGAUCUCUCAAGGACAGCUGAAAUGUGUUGGCUCUUCCCUUUAUCUCAAGAUCAAGUGUGGUGUUGGUUAUCAUCUCAGAAUGUCUGUUAAUGAGGGAUGUGAAGCUGAAAAGAUCACGUCAUUGGUCGAGCAGCAUGUUCCCAAGGCAAAGUUGUCUCGACAACACGAGGCAGAGUUGACAUUCACUCUGCCUUUUGAGAGCAUGGACACGUUCCCAGGCUUGUUCUCUGAGUUCGACAGUCAACCCAGACUGGGAAUUAUCAACUAUGGGGUUUCUAUGACAACACUGGAGGAUGUUUUUCUUCGUUUGGAGGCAGAGGCUGAAGUGGACCAAGCUGACUACAGUGUGUUUAAUCGGGAACAGGCGGAGGAUGAGGGUGAUAACGCCUCUGUGGACGAUAUAGACCAGCGGCUGCUGACGUUCUCAGACAGCAAGUCAGAUGUUGUGUCGGGUCAGGCUCUAUGGCGGCAGCAGUUCAGCACCGUGGCCUGGCUGCACAUGCUCAACAUGCACAGGGAGAGGAAGGCCUUCAUUUACACUCUGGCCUUGUUCCUGGUGUUUGUUGCUGCAGUGCUCGUCCUUUCUCUGGCCACAGGAAACAUCCAGAUUCACUCCCCAGAACGUCAGUUUCUGCCCAUUUACCUCCUCAAACGGAACCAGGCGCCCCAGAGGUACGCCACCAGCCUCCUGGUUCAGAACAGCUCAGACUCUGAUAUUUCUGACUUCAUCCACAAUCUGGAGUCUCAGGACAUCAAGGUGGAGAUGAUGAAACACAGCGACUACAUGUCUGCAGCUCCCCACAGCGCCGCCAUCAACGUAACAGGAUCCAGCAAGGGUUUCAGUUACAGUAUUGCGUUCAACAGCACCACAGUUCACUCCUUGCCUAUGGCUGUCAAUAUACUAAGCAACACUCUCCUAAGAGGCCUGAAUGGCACUGGACAGAUCCGAACCUGGACCAAACCGUUUGAUUAUCAAAUCCCAGAUGCCACGUCCUUCGCUCUGGUGUACAUAGAGGCCAUCAUACUGGGAAUGCUGGCAGCUGGAAUGCCUGCAUAUUUCGCAAUGGACCACACACGAGACAGAGAGAUCAAGUGUCGCUCUACGCUGCGUAUCUCUGGUCUGGUACCGUCAGCCUACUGGUGCGGGCAGGCAGCUGUGGACAUCCCCUUCUACUACCUCAUCCUCUCCUGCAUGACCAUCAUCCUCUUCUCCUUCCACACUGAAGACCUGCUCUCUUCCAGCAACCUCACCGCUGUGGUCCUGUGUACUGUUGGCUUUGGUCCAGCCAUGAUCCUCUUCACUUAUGUGUUUUCUUUUGGCUUCGCUCGAGUCCAAAGCAACAGGGAUUUCUUCUCUGUCAUCUCCAUGAUGGUGUGUGUGGUGUCUGCCUCGCUGGUUCAGUUGUCAGUUGUGAACGACAACCUCGGACUGACCAGAAACCUGCACAACAUCCUAUGUUUCUUCAACCCGCUGUACCCUCUCAUGGGCUGCCUCAACUGCAUCACCAGGGCGACCUUCCUCCCCUCUCUGUACGAGGAUAGCUACUUAUGGAAAAACCUGCUCAUUGCGGUCAUAGCUCCCUAUCUCCAGUGCAUCCUGCUGCUGUUCCUGCUUCGUUGGCUGGAGAUCCAUUACGGAGGGAGGACAAUGAAAAACGAUCAGUUCUGCAGGAUCUCAUCCAAGUCAAAGCCCAAAGUGGAGAGGAACCCAGAAGAAGGGCUGAACGAGGAUGAGGAUGUUCAGAUGGAGAAGGCCAGAGUGAAGGAGGCCCUGACCUGCCAGUCCUGUGAAGAGAAGCCAGUGGUGGUUGUGAGUAACCUGAGGAAGCAGCACAAGGGCAGAAGAGAAGGUUUUUCUCUGAACAAGACGAGGAAAGUGGCCACAAAGAAUAUCUCCUUCUGUGUUCGCAAAGGCGAAGUUCUUGGACUGCUGGGCCCCAAUGGAGCAGGAAAGAGCACCAUCAUGCAUAUGUUGUCAGGUGACACUGACCCCACUGCAGGCCAGGUGCUGAUGGGGGACUACAGCACAGAGUUUCGUCAAGUGGACAAUCCUUUGGAACAUGUGGGCUACUGUCCACAGGUGAACCCUCUGUGGCCCAGGAUCACUCUGCAGGAGCACCUGGAGAUCUACGCUGCCAUCAAGGGCCUGAAAGGACAGGACGUACCGGCUAUCAUCAGACGUGUGGUGAACGCUCUGGAGCUAAAGGACCACUUGAACAAACAAGCCAAGACCCUGUCAGCAGGACUCAAGAGGAAGUUGUGCUUUGCCUUGAGUAUGAUUGGGAAUCCCCAGAUCGUCUUACUGGAUGAGCCGUCGUCAGGGAUGGACCCUAAGUCUAAACAGCGCAUGUGGAGGGCCAUGCGUGCCGCUUUCAAGAAUCGUCAGCGGGGAGCCAUCCUCACCACGCACUACAUGGAGGAGGCGGAGGCCGUCUGUGACCGCGUAGCUAUCAUGGUUUCCGGCCAGCUCAGAUGUAUCGGCUCCAUCCAACAUUUAAAAGGGAAAUACGGUCGAAGCUACAGUUUGGAGGUAAAACUCAGAGAGGAGCUGACGGGGCUCCAGCAGGUGGCGCUGUUGCACAAAGAGAUCCUCCGAAUCUUCCCUCACGCUGCCCGGCAGGAGAGCUUUGCUACUCUGAUGGUUUACAAGAUCCCCACGGAGGACGUCAGCUCACUGGCCAAGUCUUUCUCCCAGUUGGAGAGAGCCAAGCAAACCUUCAACUUUGAGGAGUACAACUUCUCCCAGUCGACGUUAGAGCAGGUGUUUAUGGAGUUUGCCAAGGAGCAGGAGAACGAGGAGGACGAGGUCGGCUCCCUCAGCACAACUUUCCAGUGGCAGCGUCUGCGCCAGGACGGCCCGGUUCCAGUCAACCACACGGACAGCAUCGUGCACCAGCUUUGAACCACAACUGAGAGGCAGCAGACGGGCCACUGACCAGGACUGACCGACCCCCACAUGCCAGGCUUCAGCGCCUAAGGGUUCACGCCAGCACUCGCCCGCUCCACGCAAACCGACGGCCCUUAAACAAACUGGGUGGGGGCUCGUUUCACCGGGACUGUUGUUGUGUGUUCAGGCUCAGGGCUGUUAAGGCCCCUGUCUCUGGGUCUGAGGUGUGCGUUACCCUCGUCCACUGGUGCUCCGUCUUCUCUGAAUCGCACUGAACGAGGGGGCCCGCAGUCCUUCUCGGCACGCUGAUGCGACACCUAAUCCUCUUUCUUAUGGUGUUUUUUUUUAUCUUCACAGGGAGUCCGUAAAAGCAACAUAUAUAUAUAUAUAUAUAAAUAACAUAUAAAUAUGCUUUGUAAUCCUUCCGUUCGCUCCCUCUGUGGGAGGCGUUACAGUCGGUGUGUUUGCUCGUCUCUUCGGAUGUUCUUGUCUAUUGUGUUUUGUGAAACUGUUUUUUAAGCACUACCACAACUGGGAUCCAUCCACGAUCGUACCAAAGCAGCACAUCUCAGAAAAUCACACUACCACACCUCCUCACGUAUUGAAACUGAAAAGUACUUUUUGUUCUUUAGUGUCAGUAGCAUGUGCAUUAACAGUUUGCAUAAUAGUUCUAUAAUUGAUGCGGGGCAGCGGGAUGAGGAAAUGUCUGAAUUUGAGUCUUUACAAAGACACCAACGUCACAAACAAGUGUUUUAUUUUCCUCUGAAGGCUGAACACCCGUGUCCCUUCUCCUCGUUUUACACCAGCAUGCACAUCUUCACAUCCAGACCACCAUUCACGUUCUCCAGGACCGAGUGUUUCAGCAUGCACGCUCACGAGGAGGCCGAUUUUAUUGACAUGUGGCAGCCGGAUGUUGGGACGAGGGUUUUUGGAUAGAUGAUUUGUGGCCUUCCUUUGCAGGUUUAGCUUUUAGCUGUA